AGCUAUGGAUGUUGCUUUACCCGGGGUGGAGCUCAGAUGAAGUUCGCAAUGUAAACUACGUCGUCUUUUGUUUGACGUAGUCAGAACAAAAACGUAAGGGGAAAGGCCGGCAUUAAAUUCUGAAGUGAGUCACUGACUCAUACAUCAUGAUCCUGGCAAGUCAGAGCAAUAUUUUAAGCACCGCCAACUUUGAGUGCUUUUUCUUGCAGUCAUGCAUGUCUGUCUCCUGCCCACAGAACUUUUACUUAGCAUAUUCACUAUCGACAUCCCAGAGGGCAACGAUUGGCAUAGCUCCUGUUUCGCGUGCUCAACUUGCUGUUCUUGCAAGGACAUGUAGGAAAUUCAAGGAGCCUGCCCUUGAUAUUCUUUGGGGACGCAUAUGUGGGUUUAAGCCACUCAUUUCAUGCCUGCCUGAAGGCGUCAGUAACAGAGACAGAGGAAAGUUGACGCUCCAAAGGCCUCUCCUAGCUGGAGAAUGGAGGCUGAUCCAUCAAUUUGCACGACGUGUCCACUCCUUUACGGUCAACAGGUCUGAGCUAGACAUAAUAGACAACCAUGUCGUGCAAGCGCUCAUGACUGCCCCAUCACCCACAUCCCUCUUCCCAAAUCUUCGUAGAUUGCGUUGGUAUGAUGACCGAGAACACUUCUUUCCGCUCUUGCGCACCCUCCUUAGGUCAACUAUCACAGCCAUCCGGGCGGACUUUAGAUUAGCAUCCCCCACGUUUGCCCGGUCUGCGUUGUUUGCUUCCCUUGGAAGUCUAUGUCCAUCCAUUCGGGAACUUGCCUUAUGUAUCGGUGAUUCUGCGGAAAGUUCAGAUGCAAUUUGUAAAGCCCUAUCUGGCUUGCGGGAGCUUUCCCAUCUUAAAACAAGCGCCCUCGGUCGCCGAGAGUUUCUUCACUUGGCUUCUCUACCGUCCCUCAAGUCUCUGUACUUCAGGCCGGAGAUGGACAAUACCCACGAAGUGCAAUCCAACUCCACUCCAAUUUUCUCCCAACUCAAUUAAGUGAACCUUACUGCAUCGUCACCAUCCGUUGUUGAACACUUUCUCAGAAGCGUCCUUCUCCCCUCCUGUCGAUCAGCGAAGGUGUAUCUGGAUUAUGAUGAUAUAUGCUAUAAUCCAGACGUCCUGUAC